AUGCCUAGUUAUAGUACUUUUGAUGAUGACGAUCUGGUUCCUCUAGUUAGAUCAACUUCCGGAGCAGGAAUCACAUCUGAGACUCAGCUUGCUGAUCUUGGAUAUGCACAAGAACUUCCUCGGCGGUUAUCCAUGAUGUCAAUUUUGGGCUUAAGCUUUGCAAUCAUGGGAGUACCUACAGGCUUAAGUUCAACUAUGGCCAUUGGUCUAACAGACGGACAGCACGCAGGAAUCUUUUGGGGAUGGGUUGGAGUAUCGCUUGUAUCUGUUUGUAUUGCAGCAUCUUUAGCAGAGAUUUGCUCUGUCUUCCCCACUUCUGGUGGUGUAUACUAUUGGUCUGCAAUGUUGGCCCCCCACAAAUGGGCCCCACUUGCCUCGUGGACUGCUGGCUGGCUUACACUUGUAGGGAACUGGACCGUAACAACUUCCAUUUGUUUUUCCGGUGCUCAACUUCUCUUAUCAUCCGGGUCUUUAUUUUUCCCUGACUGGGAGCCCAGUGCAUUAGCCACGGUAUUGGCCUUUUGGGGGGUUUUGGGUGCUUGUGCACUUGCUAAUGCUCUUUUGGCUAACCAUCAUUUGGCUGCAUUAAACACUGUUUGCAUUUAUUGGACUGCCACAACAGUCGUAGUGGUCGGAGCUUGCUUACUAGCUUGGGCUCCUGAAGUUAAUGCUCCUAAGGUUAUUUUUACUCACUUUGACUCUAGCUUAUCAGGAUGGCCCGCACCAAUCGGGCUUCUUGUGGGCUCGUUACAAGCUGCUUAUACUUUAACUGGAUAUGGUAUGGUAGCAUCAAUGUGUGAAGAAGUACAAUCUCCUGAACGGGAAGUUCCCAAGGGCAUGAUUUUAUCUGUAGUUGCUGCUGGACUUACUGGAGUUAUUUUUUUAAUUCCAGUGUUGGCUGUUUUGCCCACUGACCGGAUUGCGCAAUUACUUGCAGCAAAUGACAUGCCUGUGACGCCCAUGUUUUUGAUGGUCACUGGGUCGCCAGUUCGUGCACAAAUGCUUUUGGGACUUUUACAAGGAACCAUUGUAUUUGCUGGAGUUGGGUCUUUGACAGCGGCAUCUCGUGGAACAUAUGCAUUUGCUCGUGAUGGAGCAAUUCCUGGGUCUCAUAGAUGGGCUCGAGUUUAUGAUGGUGUUCCAGUUGGCGGGUUGUUUUUGUCUACGGCUGUGUGUGCUAGUCUUGGGUUAGUUUAUUUUGGGUCUCGAGCUGCGUUUGAUGCAUUUAUGGGAUCUGCUACCAUUUGUCUUUCAGCUUCUUAUGGGUUACCUGUUGCCAUUUCACUUUUCCGGUCUCGUCAUGCGUUAGCUCAUGCUCCGUUGAAACUUGGAAGAUUUUGGGGGCCUUUGGCUAAUUGGGUGACUAUUUGUUGGAUAUGUCUUGCCAUGGUACUUUUUAGUAUGCCUGUAAGUGUACCAGUGACUGCGGGCACUAUGAAUUAUGCGAGUGCCGUGUUUGGAGGGUUUUUCGCGAUUGCAGCUGGAUGGUAUGUUGCAUGGGGUCGGACUCAUUUCCAUGGACCUCCUGAACUUGUUGAGCAUUAUGUUAAGAGUGGAAUGGGUAAACCAGAAGUAGUAGAAGGGUUGGAAGUUUCAGUUACAAGUGGGAUACUAAGUACAUCACCAUCACCAUCGUCAUCAUCAUCAUUAUUGAGAAAGUAG